AGGCAGAGGAAAAGCAGGCGCAAUCUCAGACUGGAACAGUUACCACAGAUCAGACCGUUACCUUAUAAAUAAUCUCGAGUCUUUUUCUUCAGGAAAGUGUGACAAGGCGAGACAGAAAAACACACUACAGCCAUGGGAGCAAGAGCCUUGACAUGUUUGAUGUGUGUUGUUAUUGCUCUGAAUGCAAUCGCUGCUGCAGCAGGACUGGCAUUAUUCGCAGUGGCCAUUUGGGUAACAGUAGACGGGUAUAAACUUUACCCCAUAUCUAGCGUGUCAGGUAAAGAUGAUAUCUUUGCCGCUGCCUGGAUUGCCAUUUUUACAGGCUUUGCCUUCUUCCUCACGUGCAUCUUUGGCAUCUUUGCUGCCCUGAAAAGAAGCCGUGGAUUCAUGAUGGCGUACCUCAUCAUAAUGUUCAUCAUCUUUCUGUUUGAAUGCGCAUCCGCCAUCACAGCAGUGACCAACCGGGAUUAUCUGGUUGGGAACAGUAACUUAGUAAAGAAACAGAUGCUGCAAUACUAUGCGGACAGCAGCACACAAGGAAAGCAGAUUACACAGACAUGGAACAGAGUGAUGGAACAGGUCGAGUGCUGUGGAGCAGACGGUCCGGCAGACUGGUUUCAGUAUAACUCCACCUUUAAACAGAUGUUCGGUUCUACAUACAUCUGGCCCCUCAGCUGCUGCAAGAGACUGAGUACCUUUGAGGUGGAAGAUAAAGAAGGCUGUAUGGUUGGCAAGGCCACCACCAUAUUCUCAAAGGGUUGCUUCCAGUACAUUGAAUCUGUGUUAAGCCGUUACACCUGGGCUGUGAGUUGGUACGGUUUCUCCGUUCUCAUGUUAGUGUUUCUCACAUUAAUGAUUGCCAUGAUCUACUACAUGCAGCUGGAAUAACUACGUACACUGCAUGACACAUCUGCCAGCUGCACAGAUGCUUCCACUCUUGCGGUCACAGAAUAUUACAGAUGAUUGCAGAUUGCACAUGGAUAAUUGAUAUGACAAGUUUCAUGCAUUCUUGUAUGAUUAUCAUGCAUUCAUUUUUUAUGAUGUCCUAUUUGACCUCCAUUUAGCACAAAAGGAAAGUUCCAGGUUCAGUACAAGUUAAUCUUUAAAAAAAAAAAAAAAAUUAUAGAAUAAUGAAGUGCAAUAAUGCUCAAAGUUAAAAACUAAAAAAAAAACUAGUUAACAUCAUCUCAUUAUGUUAGGGAAAAAAGUUACUAGUUCAAAUAUAGCUUUCAUUUAACAUGUUUUAUUACGGUUAUAUAUA